CCGGCCCCGCCUCCCAGCGCUUGCCGCUGCCGCCAUUGAAGCGUAUUUUUCACACCGCAUUGUAAUUAUCGUUUAAUUAUUUUUAAGCCGCAUUUUGUAAAUAAAACAACAAAUAAAUCAUGGGUGUUAAUGUGGAAACAAUUUCUCCUGGAGACGGGUCAACCUACCCAAAGCCCGGUCAGACUGUCGUGGUGCACUACACAGGUACACUGACGAACGGACAGAAGUUCGACUCGUCGCGCGAUCGCGGACAACCCUUCAAAUUCAAGAUCGGUCGCGGAGAAGUCAUCAGAGGAUGGGAUGAGGGCGUCGCUCAGGUAUGGAAUUGUUCAAUAGUUAGUUAAAUUUUGUGAGCUCAG